UGAAGACCAUCAAUAUUGUCAUUUGUAUGGCUGGACAUUUUGUUGCGAGUUUUGUUUACAUCCUUCCGCUAAUGCUCUUUGCACUGUUGGGUGACUGCGUUUGUGCCGAAUUUGACAGUCUAUAUAAGCAUUUGCAAAGGCAUAUUACCUCAGAUGGCGAAAUUAUUCAUCGGUCAGUGGAGUGGUACCGGCAAGCUCACGAAAAGCUGUGUGUUCUGAUUGAGAUGAUCGAUGAGAUAUUCGCACCAGUUGUUUUAGUCGGCAUUUUUGCGAGUGUACUAGAAAUGUUCAUGCUCGUGUUUACCGUGUCGGAUUUUUUGACGCACGGACGGUUUACCGCUCUUAUCGCCUUUAAUGAAUUUUUCUGGUUCUCCUUCCAUUUUGGUCAAGUGUGCAUCAGUACCGUCAUCGGGAUAAAGGUCAACAGAGCGGCUCACUCCAUUCUGCAGUUGCUGUACAAGCUGAAUAUUCCCAGGUUGAAGCAGUCGGGAGAAAUUCCUAGUCUGUCGGUAUUUUUGAAUAAGCUUACCGGUAACCAUAUCGGCUUUACGUGCGGAGGCUUGUUUACCAUUGACGCUUCGGCUGUGUUGACUAUAUCCGGAACUUAUAUCACUUACCAGCUUUUGCUGUUUCAAUUGCAAAAAGAUUUCGGCUCACCUACCGAUACCACCGCCGCUGUGUCUGUAUUCGAUCAAAUUCAUAACGUAACAAAGUAGAACAAAAUGUACAAAAGUACUGUCUCUCCCCGUAUAAAGGAUAACUGUUAACUGUCCAUGUACAAAGUACUUCACGAAAAAGUUUUCAC